AUGUUAAAUUUAUAAACCAUAUUAAGAGGAUUUGAAGAGAAUGGAUUAAAAUAGGAAAGUCUUUAUAAGAUAGAUGAGAUUUUGGGGAAACUAGAUAUAAUGGGAAAGAAGGAAUUUGAUAGAGAUAUUGCCGAAUAAUUAUUUUAACAAUGCAAACCAACUUAAUAAAAUUUGAAAUUAUGUUAUAAACUCGUAGAUAUAGGUUAAACAAUUGUAGAUGCAACAUAGCUUUUAGGAGAAAAAAUAAAGAAUGCAGAAUUAUAAUUAAAAUAAAUUUAAUAAAAUAAAGCAAUUUGCGAAAGUCAAUUAGCAGAAACAUGUUUGUUAUAAAUCUAUAAAUAGCUGUUUAUUCUGAUACUAGAUACUUAUUUCUGACAUUAACAUGUGUAAAAAAUAUUCCUUAAAAGUUAAAAUAUUCAAAUUGUCAUGUAUAGUUAACUUUAGGGGUAAUAAAUUAAAUUGCUAAACCAGAACAAUAAUAUGAUAAAUUCAAUCCAGAUUUCAAUUAAGAUUUCGAAUUGUAAUUAUAAUAUUAUUCAAAGCUAAUAUUAGUUCUAUUCCACCUCUAAUUUCUUCUCUUUCUAUUUAGUUUUAUAUAAGAACUGAAAAUACUUUACCAACUUUAUGGGGCUAAGCUUAAUUAAAGAUUUAAUAAUUGGAUGAUUAAGUGGUUAAAUAAGUUAUGCUCAAAUUAUUAGAUCCUGUUGGUAGAGAACUUGAGUCGAUUGUUUAAAUGGAAGCACAAAUUGUUUUAAAUAAGGUAAUAUUGAAAUAUGCUAUUAGAAAACAGCAUCAAUAUUUAGAGACAUAAUUAUAAAAAUUUGAAUAAAAAAUGUUUACUUUAGAUAAUGAUUUAAUAGAACAUAAACAUAAUUUAGAAAUAAUUGAAAGACCUUUUAAAGCUAAGUAACAAUAAAAGGAAUUAAAUAAUAAAUACUUGUCAUCAAAUAUUUUUAAUCAAUAAUUACAUACAUCUUAAAAUUAAUAAGAUCAAAAUAUAUAUGAAUUAGAUUAAUAAUAAUAAAAUUAAUUAAAUACACCCUACGAAUAAAAAGAAUAAAUAUUAUCAUUAUUAUAAUCUGAAAAAUAAUUGGAAAUUUAAGAUCAAACUCCAGAAGCACCUGAAAUUCUUUAACAUGGCGUGAUAAUAUUCACAAUAUAUGGGUUGAUUACUUUAUUUGUGUGUUCUGCAAAACCUUCAUUUUUAGAUGUAUGACUAAAAUCUACUGUUUUAAGGUAUUAGUCUGUCACGGAUUGAUGUUUACUAUAUUAAUGGAUAGAUUUGAGCCAUUUCAUAUAAAGGUUGUAGGAAUAGGACUUCUUGCUUCAAUUUUAUAUGAUAUUUUAUGGAUGAAACAAUAUCAUGUAUUAAUAUCUAAUAAGUUAGUUAUGGUGGUAUAGUGAUGAUCAAAACAAUCCAGAAUGGGGAUUGAAUUCUGUUAAUUUAUUAAGAUUUGUUUUAAUCUUUACUUAUAUGUAAUUCCUAUACAAAGUAUUUUACUUAAAUUAUUAGUAGUUUGUAGUAUGUUAUUAUUUAUAUUAAUUUCAUAGAGAAUCAAUUGACCCAACUAAAAGAUAUGUGUUUACUAUUUGGUAAAUAUAAUAUAAAGUGGGGAAAAGUAGAGAGAGUGUUUCUUGGUAAUGA